UCCAUCAAGAAUUCACCAUUAUCUCUCUGUCUCUCUCUCUCUCUCUUCGAUGAGUGUUUUUAUUUUUCUCCUUCUCUCUCCUCUCAUCUCCGUGCUGUAAUCGCUGCUUCGUAAGUUAAGCGAAAGACAAGAAACGCAGAGACAGACAUAUAGAGAUAGAGAUAUACAUAUAGAUAGAUAGAUACUGACAAUAAAGCUCGAGCCUAUGCUGGGCGACUCAUCGUCGGCUGUUUUGGGCGGUGGAGGAGGAGGAGGAAGUGGUGGCGGUGGCGGCGUUGGUAACUCUUAUGGUGCAGUGGCGCCGACGAUGGCGGUCGUCGCUGCAGCGGCAGGAACGUCUUCCCUUGAUGGUGGCGAAUCGACAGCGGCAGCGGCAGCGGCGGCAGCGGCUGGAUCGAAUUCGGGAGAGGAAGAUGUGAGGGGAAGAGGGGAAGAAGGUGACCGGAGCUUCGGCGGCAACCGGUGGCCCCGGCAAGAGACUUUGGCGCUCUUGAAAAUACGCUCAGAUAUGGACGUGGCGUUUCGAGAUGCUAGCGUUAAAGGUCCUCUCUGGGAAGAUGUUUCCAGGAAGAUGGCAGAGCUUGGGUAUCACAGAAGCGCCAAGAAAUGCAAAGAGAAAUUCGAGAACGUGUACAAGUAUCACAAGAGAACAAAAGAUGGACGAACUGGGAAAUCUGAUGGCAAAACGUAUCGUUUUUUCGAUCAAUUAGAAGCUCUUGAUCAUAAUCAAAACCAUCCUCCUCCUCCUUCUCUUACAGUUCAAUCCUCAUCUCAGCCGCCACAAGUUCCGCCGCCGUCGUUAUUAGCCAUACCUGCAACUCCGGUUUCAGUGGUGGCGACGACUCCAUUAUCGUCCACAAAUGUUAAUCCUCAUCAUCGUUUCUCUACUGUUCCAUUAACGAUGAUUACAACUCAAUCCAAUAAUGUUCUCAAUCCACCUAUCAACCUCACUUCUUCGAUCAAUAAUAAUCCUUCUUCUUCCUACAAUAUUUUCCCACCACCACCGCCACCAUUGUCAACAUCAGCAGCAAACCCUAUCCAAUCAUCUUGUGCGGCUGAGCUCUUGACCAAUUCGCCGUCUUCCUCGACGUCUUCUGACGAAUCGAUAGAGCGGCGGCAACGGCGGAAGCGGAAGUGGAAGGACUUCUUCGGGAGGUUGACGAAGGAGGUGAUAGAGAAGCAGGAGGAAAUGCAGAAGAGGUUUUUGGAAGCCAUUGAGAAGCGAGAACACGAGAGGAUGGUUCGUGAAGAAGCUUGGAGAAUGCAAGAGAUGGCGAGGAUUAAUCGCGAGAGGGAAAUAUUGGCUCAAGAAAGAUCUAUAGCAGCUGCCAAAGAUGCUGCUGUAAUGGCAUUAUUGCAGAAGAUCGCCGAACAGCAAAAUCUUGGACUUCCAUUGAAUAAUAUCAACAUGCCUAAUCCUCCUCCGCCGCCACCGGCGGCACAACCGGCACCAGCACCAGUUCCGGCUCCUCCACCCGCUCUGCGGCAGCCGGGUUCAUUGACAAAUAUGGAGAUUGUGGUAUCUCAUAACAACAACGACAAUAACAAUGGGGAGAAUAAUUUAAUGACACCCAGCUCAUCGAGGUGGCCGAAAGUUGAGGUUCAGGCAUUGAUAAACCUACGAACGAAUAUGGACGAGAAGUACCAAGAGAAUGGGCCAAAAGGGCCGUUGUGGGAGGAGAUCUCGGCGGCGAUGCGGCGGCUCGGGUACAACCGGAAUGCCAAGAGGUGUAAGGAGAAGUGGGAGAACAUAAACAAGUACUUCAAGAAGGUGAAGGAAAGCAACAAGAAAAGGCCCGAAGAUUCCAAGACCUGUCCGUAUUUUCAACAGCUAGAUGCUCUAUACAGGGAGAAGAACAACAAGCUUGAGAUGAUCACUACUCCUCCGUCGUCUGCCGCUGCGGCCACCGCUAUUCAUAAUCUGAAUCCAAAGAAUAAUAGCACAAUACCAAUGUCGUCAGCGCCGCCCCUGAUGGUGCAGCCGGAGCAGCAAUGGCCUCCGCAGCAAUUAGGGACAGCGAGGGAGAACAACAACAACAGCAACAACGCAGAGCUAUUGGAGGAGGAGGAAGAAGAAGAAGACAUGGACGAAGAGAAGGAUAUUGAAGACGAAGAUGAAGAAGAAGAGGAAGAAGAAGAAGAUGAAGGAGGUGGUAAUUAUGAGAUAGUAGCGAGCAAGCCAGCUUCAGUGAGUGCAGGCAGCUGAGUGAGUGAAAUCAGGAAAUGUGAGUGUGUGUGUGAAAGGGGGGGGGGGAUGGAGAUGCCAAAAGAAGAUGAAUCAAUCAAAGCGUGUGGACUUGGGUCAGAGAGUGAAGGAAUUGUCGGAUGGAGAAGAUUCCAGCGGCGGUGGAACAGCGGAAGUGGGUGGCGGGUCGAGGAAAACUAGUAAACAUGGGGUGGGGCUAUAAAUAUAGGAUGGGGAUAGAUCGAUGUUGUUGUGGGUAGCAAUAUAGUCACAGAUCAAGAUCGAUUAUAUGUUUUAUUUUGAAAAAUUUAUUUAUUUUUUUGACUAAAUUAAAUAAGUUGAGAGAGAGAGAGAGAAAAAUUUAAGAGGUUGUCAGGAUAUAUGACAAUAAAAGAAUAAGGUUAAAGAGAGACUUUGAUUAAUCUUAAAUGCUGUAUUUUAUUUUAUUUUUCUUUUAUUUUCUUUUUUAUUUAAUUUAGGAUCCAUUUAAAUGUGGUGUUUAUGGCACAACUGGUCAUAAUUUGAGGUUUGUAAGUUUCAAAUUUCUCAAUUUUUCUUUUUGUAUUG